AUGGUGGAAUAUAUGGAGAAGCACGAUACAUUAGCUAAAAAUAGCUUACAGAGUGCAGCUAAUGGCCGUUCGAAAAGGAAAGAGUUAUGGGAUAAGCUAACGGAACUAUUAAACAGUAACGGACCUACCAUGAAGCCAACAAAAGCAUGGCAGAAAGUAUGGAUUGACUACAAAUAUAAUGCAAAACGCAAGCUUACCCAGCGCAUGAAAAGUAUAACGAAAACGGGUGGUGGUCCAUAUGAUGCGGUUUCAUUGAACCAUAUGGAGGAACGAAUAGUUGCCGCAGCCAAAAUAGGCGAGCACAUAUCGGGAGUACCAGGCGCAACAUCAUAUGGUUUCCAUACAGACGGACCCAGCUGUUCUACUGCGGCUCCUCAGGCAGACGAUAAUUUCGUUUGUGAAUAUUUGGCCCAAAUCUCGAGCGCCGAUAAUACUUCUAGUGACGACGAAGGCAAAACAUCAAGGAAGUCUGAGCCCCCAAAAAUUAGUAUACGCCAGGAAGGGGAAAUCGACGAGCAAGAAAAAUUUCAAAAUGAAGUGUUGAGGCUUUUCGAAGAGAGCAAUGAAAUCGCAAAGAGGAAACUGCAACUAAAGGAGACACAAUUUGCAACUGAAGUGCAAUAUAAAAAAAUGAAGAUUCAAGUCUUAGAGCUAGACUUGGAAAAACUGAAAUGUGAAAUCGCAUUGCUAAAACGUAAAAUGAAUAAUUAA